CGACUCUGGCGAGAAGGCGGAUAAAUGCCUAUUUAGCCAGACGUCAGGAAAUAGAGAGGAUCAGAGACACGACGAAUACGAAUAAUUGAUAUUUGCUUGAAGAAUGUAAAUAAUGUGAUCGACACAGGUCCUCCCAAGACGCCUUCCGCUGACAGGAGGCAGGGACUCGAACGCAGCCGUGGGUGAUGCUUUGUGAUUGUUUCUGUGAAAACCAAAACCUCCUUCUGCUGUAGCUCCUCCAGGCAGGUCACUAUGGCUCUCUUCGCCCGGGCGUCCAUCCUCGACCUGUCAGACGAUGUCCUCCUGCUCAUAUUCUCGUAUCUGAAGGCCCGUGACCUCAUGAGCCUCAUAGAGACUUGUGAACGAUUCAGCAAAGUUGCCAGUGAUAAGUCAUUGUGGACGGAAGGGGACUUUAGUGGAAGAUGUCUCUCUCUGCAGCAGCUAAAGAGGUGCCUUGUAUACCUGCGAGCAACAACUCGUCGCCUGAUACUCCGAGGCCACAAGAAGAAAUAUGCUGGAACGCCUAAGUGGAAGACACCGCUCAUCAGUGCAAGUCUUCUAAAGGCCAUUGGAGAGAAAUGCCCAAAUUUAGAGGAACUAACAAUUAGUGAAGCUUAUAUUGAUGCCACCAAACUAAAGGUUAAUGAUUUUAUGCCUGUUAAAUCUAUCACAAAAUUUUGUAUUGUAGAUUGUGAGUUUGUGAACCUCCCACCACAGUUACGGGAAGGAUCGUAUUUUAAACGGACACACAAAAUUCUACCCCGGCUUGAGUGUUUAAAAAUCACAAAGUGUGGAUGGGUAGAUGAUUAUGAUGUGAUGGUGUUAAGUAAAGUGGACACCCUCAAGAGACUUGUAUUAAGAAAUCUACCAAGAGUUGGUCGAGCAAUGGCGUAUAUUGCCCUUGGGUUUAGGUUUGGGUUUCAGAAUUUAGAGGAACUGGAUUUAAGAGGCACAAGUUUAGAGGAUAAUGAAGUGAUGUCAGUUGUACAGAAUGGGAAGUUAAGGGCACUGUACCUGGGCCCAAUGGGACCAGUAAAACGGCUUCCAGAAGAACCCCCUGGAGGUCACAACCUCAUCAUGCCAGACCCACGUUGGCAGGAAGAGCGACAGCAGGUGGUAGUUAUUAAUGUAGGACCAAAUGGACCUCAGUGGAGACAAGUGAAUGAUGAGGAAUUAGAUGGGAUGGGUCUGCAGUGGGUACGUGAUGCUCCUGUUGUUCAGCGCAACAGAGCAGAAGAGGAGGAUGAGGACAGACACUACUUUAUUGGCAGAGAUGGUAGGCCCGUACGAAAUGGUGUUGCUCAAGCAGAAGAAGGAAGACAACAGAUUCCUCAAGGAAACCAGAUGGGGACAAAUAACCAGCAGGGAAAUAAUGAUCUUACUGUGAUCAUAGGGAAGAUGCAGAUGAAGAAUUGUGCUCUGAACCAUAUCAGCUUCCGGAUGAAGGUUUAUCAGACAAGUUGGUGUAUGCUUUUGGCCAGAAGACAAAAUUCCUACAUACACUAGUACUGUCAGGGUGUGCAAUAACAGAUUUUGGACUACAGGAAAUAAUUCGCCUGGUUCCUUCAUUGAAAGUGCUCGAUGUUACCAACACAAAAGUGACAAGCAGUGGAGUACAGGAGGCCAGAGUUGCCAGGCCUGAUUGUAUGAUAUUAGGAGGGGGAACAAGAGUAGUGCGGCAGCAAAACAACAGAUGAUGCUGACUGUAGCUUAUUGGAGAUUUGUGUUGAUCAGGUAGACUCUAGCUAUAUACAUAUAUUAUUUUGCCUUUUAAGUAAAGGAAAUAAUAUUCUGUGGCAUCACUGAAGAAGUGUUAAGAGGCAAGAGGAGACAAAUGAUGCAGCAGGCAGUGGUUUAUGUGAGAAAGUAGAUGAGGCUUUAAAAAACAAUUGUGAUUAUUUCUGUUCUAAGAUGUCAUUGAAAGCAUAGUGAGAGAAACACAGCUUUUCCAGGUGUGUUGGUAGAAUUCACGCACAGGAUCAUACAGUAUUUUAUAGAUUUAUAGAAUAGGUAUAUUUAUAAACUGUAUUAGAAUCUGCUAAUGCAUAAAAAAUUAGCUCCAGUGACUCUGUGGAAAUCAUUUAUGAAUAAACUUUGUUGAAUUAA